AUGAUUGUUUUGGAUAUCAAAAAGGAAUUGGCAAGUGAGUUCGACGUCAGUGAUAAAGGUCAGUUACGCCACUUUCUGGGUAUGGAAAUCGAAAGAGAAGUGAGAUGGUUAGAAAUAGCCCGCGUUCAAAAAAAUGUGUUAGAUGCAGUUUCUGAAAAUGCCGCCAAAAAUCCUGAAGCCAUUAAAGCUGCUAACGAACUUAACAAGAGCUUAUUUGAUAUUACACAACUAUAUGAAAAUUAUGCAGAUCGGUUCAGUUUAUGGGAGUGUAAGCUGACCAUUUUAAACUGUUCUCACCACAAUGACCCUUUACUUAUUGAAUCCGUGUGGAGUCAUAUAAUCGAGAAUGUUAUAAAUAGUGCCAACUCAGUACAAGAAAAAGCAACAUGUUUGUUUGCUAAAAUUGAAGCACUUUUUAAAGAGUUUGGGGAGUCUGGACACUGUUUCCCCCUUGCUUUCAUAAUACGUGAAUUAGAAUUAAAGGCAUGUCAGCUUAAGCUCCCUGAGGGUAUAGUGCCUGAGAAAUUGGCAGCACUUAAUAUUGAUCUUGAACUUCUAAUGGAAUACUACUCAAGGAUGAUCUCCAUUAAUGAACGGAUUUGGGCUAAUGAAGGAAAUGAAUGGCAUUUGGUCCAGUCGUCAAUAAGAGUUAUAUCUUUAUUAUCAAAUAACGCACAUACGUUAUGGUCCCGAUCAAGGAGACGGAUCAUUGGAAAAGCUCAGGAUAUGGUGUCUGUUUGUUUAAAUAUUUGUUAUCAAAAACCAGGCACUGAACGUAUGCAGCAAACUCUGAAAGAACUUCAAUGUAAUUUUCAGAGAAAUCUACCAUAAAAUAUCUUGUGUUCAAAAAUUAUAUGAAAAUAAUAAACAUAAUUUUUAAAAAUAAAGCUCUAAGUUAAUAUAUUGCAAGUAACCUGAA